UGGACGUUGCACAGGGUGGCCUUUGUGGGGGUUUUCUGCGCUUCUCCCCCCCCCCCUCCCGUGCUUAUUCAGUUCCGGGGAUCUCCGCGUCGGUGGGGUGCCCAGAUCAUUGAAUGUGGCUCAGGUCUUCCAACACCAUUUUAAACUCUUAUGCCGAUUAGUGGGAGCAGUCAUGAGUGGCUCCAAACCAGACAUUUUGUGGGCUCCACAUCAUGUGAAUAGAUUUGUUGUGUGUGAUUCUGAGUUGAGCCUCUACCACAUCGAAUCUGCUGUAAGUUCUGAACCCAAAGCAGGAUCACUGCGUUUAUCAGAAGAAACUACAGCAACUUUGUUGUCCAUUAAUUCUGACACCCCGUAUAUGAAAUGUGUGGCUUGGUACCCCAAAUAUGAUCCUGAAUGUCUUCUGGCAGUUGGACAGGCAAAUGGCCGAGUUGUACUGACUAGUCUUGGCCAAGAUCACAAUUCAAAGUCCAAGGAGUUGAUAGGAAAAGAAUUUGUUCCAAAACAUGCACGGCAGUGCAACACCCUUGCAUGGAAUCCACUGGACGGCUAUUGGCUUGCUGCUGGCUUAGAUAAACAUCGGGCUGAUUUCUCAGUAUUGAUCUGGGACAUCAGUAGCAAAUACACUCCAGAAACUCCAGUUGCAACUGAAAAGGUAAGGCUUUCCUCUGGAGAUAGUGAAGCAGGACUGGUUGUGACAAAGCCACUUUAUGAACUCGGGCAGAACGAUGCUUGCCUUUCUCUCUGUUGGCUUCCACGGGACCAGAAGCUUCUUUUAGCUGGAAUGCAUCGGAACCUGGCUAUCUUUGACCUUAGGAAUAUAAGCCAAAAAAUGUUUGUGAAUACUAAGGCUGUUCAAGGAGUCAGUGUUGAUCCAUACUUCCAUGAUCGUGUGGCUUCCUUCUAUGAAGGCCAGGUUGCCAUAUGGGAUCUUAGAAAGUUUGAAAAGCCUGUUUUGACACUAACAGAACAACCAAAACCCUUAACAAAAGUAGCGUGGUGUCCUACAAGGACUGGAUUGCUAGCUACUUUGACCAGAGAUAGUAAUGUCAUUAAACUCUAUGACAUGCAGCACACUCCUACACCAAUAGAUGAAACUGAACCUACGAUAAUCGAAAGAGGCGUGCAGCCCUGUGAACAUUAUAUUGCUUCCUUUGCUUGGCAUCCCACAAUUCAAAAUCGCAUGGUUGUUGUAACUCCAAACAGGACCAUGUCUGACUUCACAGUGUUUGAAAGGAUCUCCCUUGCAUGGAGUCCAGUUACCUCUUUAAUGUGGGCAUGUGGGAGGCAUUUGUAUGAGUGCACUGAAGAAGGAAAGGCCAGUACCUUAGAAAAAGACAUUGCCACCAAAAUGCGUCUGAGGGCUUUAUCCAGGUACGGCCUUGACACGGAACAGAUCUGGAGAAACCAUAUUCUAGCAGGAAAUGAAGACUCACAGCUCAAGUCACUCUGGUACACUCUGCAUUUUAUGAAGCAGUAUACGGAAGAUAUGGAUCAGAAAUUCACAGGAAACAAGGGUUCCUUAGUUUACGCUGGCAUCAAAUCCAUUGUGAAGGCAUCUAUGGGAACAACCGAGAACCUCAGGCAUAGCCGGAGUGGGUCUGACAGACAGGCUGAUAUUAUUCAGUAUCUAAGUGAGGAGAGAUCAUUGGCUUUGCAGCUUUGCGGCUGGAUCAAGAAGGGCACAGAUAUCGACGUGGAGCCUUUCCUAAGCUCUUUGGAACAAGAAGGAGAUUGGGAGCGAGCUGCUGCUGUUGCACUGUUCAACUUGGACAUCCGACGAGCAAUACAGAUACUGAACAAAGGAGCUUCUUCAGGGAAAGGUGAUCUCAAUCUCAAUGUCGUGGCCAUGGCACUAUCAGGCUACACAGACGAAAAGAACUCCCUGUGGAGAGAGAUGUGCAGCACUCUGCGGCUGCAGCUAAACAACCCUUAUCUGUGUGCCAUGUUUGCAUUUUUGACAAGUGAAUCAGGUUCUUAUGAUGGCGUUUUGUAUGAAAACAAUGUAGCUGUACGAGACAGAGUGGCAUUUGCUUGUAAAUUCCUCACUGAUGCUCAGUUGAAUAGAUUCCUUGAGAAGCUAAUGAGUGAAAUGAAAGAAGCUGGGAACUUGGAAGGAAUCCUCUUGACAGGACUAACAAAGGAUGGAGUGGAUUUAAUGGAAAGUUACGUAGACAGAACGGGAGAUGUUCAGACAGCAAGCUAUUGUAUGUUACAGGGUUCACCCUCUGAUGUGCUUAAAGAUGAGCGGGUUCAGUAUUGGAUUGAAAACUACAGGAAUCUUUUGGAUGCGUGGAGGUUUUGGCACAAACGAGCAGAAUUUGACAUCCAUAGGAGUAAGCUGGAUCCCAGCUCAAAACCUUUAGCACAGGUAUUUGUAAGCUGCAAUUUUUGUGGAAAAUCAAUUUCCUACAGCUGCUCAGCCAUUCCCCACCAAGGCCGAGGUUUUAGCCAAUAUGGUGUUAGUGGUUCCCCAACCAAAUCCAAGGUCACGAGUUGUCCUGGUUGCCGCAAGCCCCUCCCUCGAUGUGCCCUUUGUCUAAUAAAUAUGGGAACUCCAGUUUCCAGCUGCCCAGGAGGAUCCAAAUUGGAUGAAAAAGUUGAUCUCAGCAAAGACAAGAAGCUAGCUCAGUUCAACAACUGGUUUACUUGGUGCCACAACUGCAGGCAUGGUGGUCAUGCUGGACACAUGCUGAGCUGGUUCAGGGAUCAUACCGAGUGCCCUGUCUCUGCCUGUUCAUGUAAAUGCAUGCAGCUGGAUACAACAGGGAAUCUCAUCCCAGCAGAGAUGGUCCAGCCAUAAAAUAUCUGAGCUUGAACAAGAACCUUCACAACAGGGGCUGUCUCUAAUAGACGUCUUUCACAGACAAAACACAUACCUCAAAACAAGCCACUCAUGACUCAUCUGUAAUAGAAAAAUAAAUCGUUCUGUCACAUCAGCAAUUUGAUGUAUGGAUGGUUUUGAUGUGUUUUGUAUAGCCAGAUAUUGUUAUACUUCAGGUGUGUAAUGUGGACCUGUUCAAUGGGUUGUGAAGCAGUUCAUUUCAGAGGCAUUUAUAGAUGCUUCAUGGAUAUUCCAAGUAGCCUUAAGGAAGAUUUUCAGCAUUAUGCUGUCCAUACCUUGUAUCUUCCAUCUGAGAUGAACCAGCAUCGUAUUACUGUAUUUUAUGGACUUCGAGCCUUCAAAAGCCUCUUGGAAAGACAGUGCCCAUGUCAUGCUGUAGAUUUAUACACAGAUAAUAUUGCCACUUUUUUCUCAGCUGAGACACAACUACACUUCCAGGUAGUUUCCUCACACUGCAGUGCUGUUCUGUGACACUCCUGUGACACUGUUCAGGUGAAUCAAGGUCUCUUUCAGUCUGCAUGAUUCAAUAUUAAGGUUCCAGUUUCAAUAGAACAUGCUUCUAGGGAGCAUCCACUAUUAUUAUGUGUCAAGAAGUUUCAGAUCAGUUGUUAGAGAGACAGAUGUCAGCUACAUGUCAAAAUAGCCAAUAUUGGACAAAGCAGCUAGCAUUUGAAAAAGCAAGAAUUGGCUGUAAACCUAAAAUGUGUUGCAGUGUGAAUUGUAUCCACCCAAUUUUACUUUGGGACAAAAGGGUAUUCACUUCCUUUAGAAAACUGCAGUGUAAAUGUGCAAUUAAGAUGAGACAGAGAUAUUUCCCUAAAGGUUAAUUUGCUUUGACUAAUACUAGAUGUCAUCUGCCAUCAUUGUGGCAGUAGUUACUAACAAACAUUGGCUUGGAUCUCCCCUAGAAUUUCUGUGGGUGGUUUUGUGUGAUUUUGCUGAUUACCCCUUACCAAGGCAGGCCAAAAUGCUCCUGUGGGACAGAGUAGGGGGCCCCAGGAAUUGCUGGGGUGGGGAGGAAGAAUUAAGAGUAUGAAAGUUCUAAGCGAGAUCUAAGCUGUUAUCAGAUUUCCCCCUAAAUAAGAUUAUUUAAGUUUGUGACAACCAAGAGCUCUUGGAGUAUGGGAAAUAUGUCUAUUUACAUGUGAAACUAUAUAGAAAAAACACUAAGAAUAUGGUGAAAUCGGUAAAUAUAGUCAGUAUAAAGUUACGUUACAACUUAGUGUAUAGAUUCCUUUGGUUAAUUGGCAGCAAGGUGAAAACAUGCCACCCAAAGUUGCAGCACAUCCAUGAAUACUAAACUUUCUCUGUGUGUUUUUGAUGCAAUUUUGUAAUUAUUUAAGGUUUUAUAGCAAUCAUUAAAACAGUUUUAAAUAGAAGAGCUUGGAUGCAUGUGGUGGUCUGUGCACAUACCAGGGGAUUUCUUGACCCUUUUCCCCCUGGAGUCCCUUGCUCUCUCACUCGCCCACACCCACACCCUGCCCUAAAGCCAGUUCUGAGGGUUGGGAGAUUUCUUGGAAGACUGGGCAACACAGCUGGGGAGAAGGUAAUUAGAAAGCAGCGGAUCCCUCCCUUUUCUUCAGUAUGUGAAUGGAUAUGCCUUCCUUUUGCACACUGGGCACUUUGGAGCCAGGCCAUUGUAUUUGUAUGUACAGCACUGAAAAGGGAAAAAAUGAAUCUUUGAAAACUAUUAUUUAUGUCUAUGUACACAGUUGUGCUGGGCUUUAUUAUAUUGCCUUGGUCAAAGGCUGCUUCCAGUCCGAAUUGCAUUUUUAUUAUUGAAUCUAUAGUGAGAUGUGCAUCACAGUACCCAUUGUGUAAUGUUGAAAAAGAUGAAUAUUUGCUUUAACAAUGUAGAAUCUAAACAAUUACAAGAACAGUUUGUAGAUUUAAUUUUUGUUUGUGUUAUAUUUGAAGUAUUAAGAGAGCAUGGAUAUUAAUUCACUGACUUCUUCCUAGCUAUAAGAUUUUGUAAAAUGUAUAUGUAUGAAUUGUUACUAACCUGGAAGUCUAGAAGCAGUAUUUUUGUAAAAUAACUGUAUUUUAUGACUCUUUUAAAGCCUAGUAAAUAAAGACAACCUGGUUCUUGUGAGAUUGCUUGCACCAGUUCACCCACAGCUUA